UCAACGUCGUCACCCUCACCACGACCACCACCACCAUCCACGCCUUCACUCGCCAACUCGCCGCUCUUAGUCCACCACCACCAUCAUCAGCACCAUCAUCAGCAGCAGCAGCCGCGAUGCGCUAGGGGGAGGAGGGGUGAGCGGGUGGAGGGAGGCGCCGCGGCGCGGUCAACACGGCGCUCCCUUCGCGCUCAGUCUGUAGACAAUCCCGUGUCGGCAUCGACAUUCAUUGUCGCUUCUGUCGUGGGCUCCUUGAGUUAAUGGGACGGAGAACAACUGGGGAUUGCUUGGGAUAAUGAGACGGAGAUGCAUGCAGAGACAUAGAUGACAUAUUGAGGCCGAGAUCCAGAGGUGGAUCCUCUGCCGUAUUCGUGAAAACGAUGUCUUACUACGGCUAUUCUCCAGAGACGUACGACCCUCGCUGGGAGGAGAGGUCAGUGAUGAACAAGGUGCAGCAGAAAUACUGGAAGACCAAGCAGACGCUCAUCCGGGUCACAGGCAAAAAGGAGGAUGAGUUCGUGGUGGCAUCCGACUCCGACCUUGACAGGAAACUCGAGGUCUUCCAGGAUGUCCAGAGGUCGUGCGUGGAGCUUCUCAAAGUCAUAGAGCUGUAUCAGAGGCGGCUUGGAGCGCUGUCGGAAGAGGAGAACGACAUGGGACACUUUCUGAAGCACCAGGGAUCGCAGGAGCAGACGAGGGCUGGAAAAAUGAUGCUGGCCACAGGGAAGGCUCUGUGCUUCUCCUCCCAGCAGAGGCUGGGGUUACACCACCCCCUGAUGCGACUGCACCAGGAGGUGGAGACGUUCCGCUACCGCGCCAUCUCUGACACGCUCAUCACCAUCAACCGCAUGGAGCAGCAGCGCACCGAGUACCGCGGGGCGCUGCUCUGGAUGAAGGACGUGUCGCAGGAGCUCGACCCAGACACCUACAAGCAGCUGGAGAAGUUCCGCAAGGUGCAGACACAGGUGCGGGUGUCGAAGGGCCGCUUCGACAAGCUGAAGAAUGACGUGUGCCAGAAGGUAGACCUGCUGGGCGCCAGCCGCUGCAACCUGCUGUCCCACACGCUGGCCACGUACCAGACCUCCUUGCUGCACUUCUGGGAGAAGACGUCCAGAACAAUGGCCGCCAUCUACGAGAGCUACAAAGACUACCAGCCGAUGUACAAGGCUACGGACAAGCCCGGCGCGCCAGGCCAUGGAAAGAACUCUGCAAAGGAGACGGUGGGAGCGGGGGAGAAAGUGGACGGCGAGGAGCAACGAGACGCCACCGGGGAUGACGAUGAGUUGAUCUGUUUGGGAGAAGACGGUUCCAUGGGCAAGGCAGCUGCCGAUGGGGCCGAUGGCACCGGCUCGGGCGGUGCGCUGGAUCUCACCGACCUGGGCCACGCUCUGGCUGGCACUCCCGCCGGGGCCCGCGACGUGCUGUGUCACUCGGCAGACGGCGAACGGGAUGUGAUGUCGCUGCUCAACGACAUCCUCAACGCGGGGGCGCCAGGCGAGGAGGGGGAGAGAGGGGGCUUCAGCCGGCAGUGGUACGACGUGUUCGGCGAUGACGGCGCAGUAGGGGAGACCUGCCCGCAGCAGUCCAAGCAGCAGUGGCCGGGCGCCACGGCUCUGUCUGCAACGGCGCCCGGAGGCCCAGGUUCGAACCCUGACGGGCCUCCCGCCCCGGGACCCACGGUGGGCGGGUUCCUCCCGUCGCAGCUGCUGGACAUGAGCUCGCGGAACGAGGGCUCCGCCCGGCCGGGUUGGUCCCUUCCAAGUAACAGAAAGCAGUUUGCAGCCACAUCCCAGGCCGAUGCCCACACAGGACAGGGUCAUGCCACAGCCAAACCGGUUGUGGACGGUGCUGGCAAGCCCGGAAAGGACAUGUCAGCGUGGUUCAACCUUUUCGCCGACCUCGACCCGCUGCAGAAUCCGGACGCCAUCGGCCGAACCAGCGAGGACCAGGAGCUGAUGAAUGCAUGAGAGCGUUACUGGCCACCGGCCCCCGACCCCAACCACCGACAGGAGUUUCCCACGUGACGUCGUUUUCCAGGAACGCCCGUUUGUUGUUGGCGGCGCUCCCAAGUCGAAGCCGAGGUUUGACCUGCAGGGAGGCCGAGUCGCGUCGGGGCUCUGCCUCUACGGAUGGGCCCCACUGAUCUGUGUGUGUGUGUGCGCCUGUAGUCAGGAGUCUUGUCGGGAGAGCGGCGCUGCGAUGGGGAGAAGGGCGCUGCGGUGGGGGAGACUGGUGAUCCAAAGAGGAGAGGGGGGAGGUGCGGAGGAAGCAGUAAUAAGGGGGGGGGGGGUAACAACCUAAUAAGGGCAGACCGCCUACACCCUCAAUGUGAAACUCAAUAAGUGGGUUUUAAGAGGGAUACGGAACCCCCCCCCCCCCAAGUUCUCCAUAGAAUCGCUGCCGGUAGCAGGUAACGCUUCUGUCAAAAGCCUCCAGGGAAGACAGACGGCACGCUUCCACAGUAGAGCGCACUGCUGGGCUAGAUGCGCACACUGCACCGCGCUGUGAUAUAAUUAGUAGAACGCACUGAUGAUACACGCUCGCUUUCGCUAUAGGAUGGUGUUUUCAAACAAGCCCUUAUUGACGAGAGAAUAUAAAUUGUAUUGACGCAACCAUUUUUACCAAGCACGUUUUUUUUAAUAAGACAAAAAAAAUUAGAUUGCAAUAGUUUAAAACUGGUUUUACUAUGAACGGUACGGUUCCGUCAAAUUUGGUUGCACCAAAACUGGUUUGUGUUCGCGAAUGUGAAAAAGGCAUAGUCACAAAUUCUCACUGCAAGUGUGGUGGAGCUGCAGGUGAUGAAGCAGUAACAUUAGGCUUGUAACAAAUCAAAUUGUCAAGAUUCAUUACCACUGUUCACUUCAAGAAUCUAUUAUUUAUUCAGUCUCGUGUGUGUUGUCCGUCUAGUUUGCCAAAGUGUUACAUUUGCCUAUUAUUUACAUGUAAUUUGCAUAACCCGUAAACAUUUGCUUCUCACACGCGCGAGUUGAUGCAUGUGUUAUCGCGAGUGUAGGAACCGCGUACGAUUGAGGAAUCGUUCCUUGCCCAGUCGGUGUCGUCAAAAACGAAGGCCGGCAAACAUUCGCCGCUCGCCACGUGGUAGCCCUGCCGGGGCACGUUGCUAUGCGUAUGUAAACCAGCCGUCGCAAUAAGUACGUGUAUGAUAAUUUAUACACGUCCUCUUUAAACAAAAGAAUAUCCAGCCACGGUAUGAAGUGGGAAUGUAUUUCCGUUAUUUAUAAAUACUACUUAUUUAAAUGACUUUGUUUUGUACUAAACAAGACGGUGUCAAAAUAGUUAAUGUAAUUAUUUACAUUUGCAAGGCGCAUCUCAUCUGUAGAUCUCAAUGCGCAAAGUUUGAGGUUUCUUCCACGUGACGACUGGCCGACUCCUGUAGUGGUAGCUUACUCCACACUGCAGUAAUAGAUGGGACCGUUGUCAAAGCAGUUGGAAGUCAUAUAUAACGUUACCGACUGAAUACUGGGAGGGUGAUGGCCCACGCCACUAACUGCCGUGGGAAAUGCAGUGAGGAAUGGAGGUCAGAGCCGUUGACCGAAUUCUACAAGUGGGGUAGCUGACUCUGUCAUGCAUUGACGAGACAGAGUGUCAAUACGGAGGUUUACUCAACGUGACCGAAUACUGGGGGUGGUAGUUCAUUCCGCUGACUGCGGUGAGAAACGCAGGGCAUGAGAGGAAUUAUCAGAGCUACUGUCUCGACAUUUUGAUCGCUGUGACGCAACCAGCCGCCACUGGCUGUUCCGUCGUCACAAGUAGACCGAGGGAGUGCAAAGAUCGAAAAUAAACUCAAGUUAACAACGGAGAGCACGAGACAUAGUAUACCGUUCCUGAAACGCCUGUGCGUAAUCGUUCGCUCAGCGAUGCUGACCGUCACCACGUCGUGAAGAGCAUCAUUCCUCUAAAUCAGGGGUGGGGAACAUUUUUUCUGCCAAGGGAUAUUUAUAACAUCAUUCGCGGGCCAUACAAAAUUAUCAACUUAAAAAUUAGCCCGUUAUAUUUGGUCAAACAUUUAAUUAACUCGCCCCUAAUGCGAUGGCUGGAACUGCUUCUCUUUGGCGAGGCGUGUGAUGUUAGCUGGUAUUGAUGAUGGUGUUGCUACUCGCAACUGCUUUUCCUGGUUUGCUCCUAGAUUUAGUGAAUUUUGAGUCCCGCCUGCAGUUACCUUGGCAGGGCAAAAUCAAUUUUUUUCGCGGGCCGGACGUUCCCCACCCCUGCCCUAAGUGGUGGUUCCUUCGCCCAAAGAGCCCAUAUCUUAUUAUAUGGAAUGCACAGUGAACGCUUACAAAAAGAAAGGGUCUCAAUCAUCGUGGAUAAGUAACUGCCCAGUCCUUCACAGUGGGAAUCUUCCCAGCUUCCUUGGUGCAUGCAGUGAAAUCAGGGUUGCUACCUGCCCUGGGGAGGCUGCUGUCCUAGGAAAUCUGUCACCCCAGGACAUUAAAAGUCCCGGUUUUUAUCACCUGCUUGACACACCACUCAAGAAAAUGCAUUUAGAUGUAGUUCACCUUCUGGUAUUAUGCGAUAUUCUUCUCUCCAUUAUAUAAUCCUGUUUUUUUUAGUACCUCAAAGGUGACAGCACCAGCGUGGGGGAGUUUCCGUCGUACAGAAUGACUGCGUGACACGCGCCCCGGUUUUAAAGUUGUUCUUCACUGCCUGCAAGCGCGGCCCGCGCUGCACACACUGCACCGUGAAGUCCCGGUGUCGAAAAGGCGUUGGCUUAGCUCGUUUGGUGGUGUUGCGGCUGCUGCUGUCACCUCCUUCCCCACUGUGCUUAGGAGAGCGGGAGAGGAACGGCGCAGCUUUCCAAAGUGCGCGCAGGCGUUGCAACUGCACCAAGGGCCAACGACAGGCCAGAGUGGCCCAGGCGACGGGGCCACAAAGAGGGGGAGGAAAUUGGGACAGCAGGGGGUAGAGGUUAGGCCCCGUUUAAUUCCUUGCACCAGGGCCCAUGCCAACCGUGCUAUGCCAACUGCUGGAGGGAAGCGUCGGAAGAUGUACUGCCACAAUUGUACCGAAGUCGAGUACUGUGAAAUAUUUAUUUAAACAAAAAUAAAUCUUUGUGUUGAAA